UUGAUGCAUCAUAGGCUCCGACGGUGUUGAUGUAUAAGGUCUUCUAUCGAAACUACGAGAUGAGCGUAAGUCUGAAGUUGCUGCUGUAAACAUUGGCGUUUUGGCCAAUGUCGAUUUCGGAGCAGUUUCGGAUGGUUUCACAUUAGAGGCUUCGCUUGUGAUUGCAGGUGUUUUAGGUGUAGAAGCUCGCACAGAUGGUGUCCUUCUCAAGCUUGGUUUCUUUGCCGGUGACAUUUUUGGCGAUACCUUCGCUGGUGAUAACACUCUUCUUUUUGCAGACCUGGAACGCGAAGGCGCUUUCGUUGUUGCCUUUUUUUGUUUCGGUUCAGACUUCGGCGUUGACAUCUUACGGCGAGCCGGUGAUUUCGAUGUCUUACGGGUUCGAGAUACUGAUCUGGCCUAA